CGUGAAAUAAAUAGUCAAUAAACCUAUGCCUCCCGUGCACUCUUGUAUACAAACCAACGCGAUCGUGCUCAGACUAAUAACAUCUUUUUGAGUUGAGUCUAUCUCCAUUAGUGAAUGAUGAGUUUGGUUCGUCAAGCUCGAAGGGUAUGCCCCUCGAUCCGCAACACUCGAUGUGUGUCCACGUCCGCCAAUGUUAACAGCGCACUCACAAUCAAGACACGUGCAUCCCUAUUCUCAGUUAGUAAUAACAUCCAUGCACGUGCCAUCGGCUCCAUAGCAAACAACCAAAUCAGUCUUAAAAAAGGUGAAGCUAGGUCGCUCACGCCAGCCUAUUCCACUAAAACAAGUGUGCGAGAAGAACUAGACCACGUUGCAGCCGAGUCACUAUUCCAAGAUGUGUGGGAGAAGACUCGCAAGCGUGUAGGAGCAGAUGACAUGCUUUUCCCCAAAGAGAUCAUGUGGUUAGGUGGUGCCCCUGGCAGUGGAAAGAGUACACACACGAAGUUUAUCAUGAAGGAGCGAGGGAUCACUGCACCACCUAUUGUUGUAUCCGACCUACUGAAGUCGCCACAGGCUUUGGCUAAGAAGGCGACUGGUGAGCUGGUGGGAGACAGAGAGGUUGUCGAGGCCUUAUUCGAAAAAAUUCUGGACCCCAAGUACCAGGACGGAGUUGUUAUCGAUGGUUUCCCCCGAACUUCGGCACAGGCAGACAUGGUACACGAUCUGCACAAAGAACUGAUGAAGCAACACCAGGCAAACCCUACCCGAUUCCCUUACCCUAUCUUCCGAAUUGCAGUGGUGUACAUUGACGAGCAGGCGAGUAUCCACCGUCAACUACAGAGAGGUCAGGAGAACAAGAAACACAACAUUGCUCUGAAAGCAGCCGACGCCAAGGAGGAAGAUGCUGAGGAGUUGGAAGAACGCCCAACUGAUUACGAUCCGCAGUUAGCUGCCAAGCGAUACGCAGCAUUCCGCAAAGAGACGUUUGCGGCACUCGAGAGCCUGGGCAAACACUUUAUCUACAACUUUGUCAGUUCUAUGGGAUCGAAGGCAGAGACACAGGCGAACAUCAGAAAGGAGAUGGAAUACCAGAGUAGCACGGAAUUGCGGGAGAGUACCUUCAAAAUGAUCCACAAAUUGCCCUGCGCACACGAGCUUACGUUCAGGGCCAGACAGACCCUGGUCAGCUCACUGGACAGUGCUCAGGUGCGUGAUCCAGCCCUAUUCGAGCAGGUGGCUGCGCAACUUAGCACACACGUGUACCCUCUGAUUGAGUCCAAUUUCAUGCACGGACGAGUGUACUUGGACGUGAAUGUGUUUGAUCCCGAGGUGUUCACUGCACAGGGGCAGCAGAUUGCCAUGGAUGUGUUGGCUGAUCGUGGGUUCAGAUGUUGGGCCAGAGGAAGUGAGCUAGAGGUGCGUUGGCCCGCGCCCCAGCUGCGACGAGGUGCGGAGUAGAUCCAGAGGAGUUAAAAUAGAUCUGGUGUAUUCGAUUGACGGUUUCGUUGGUAUUGUUGAUGGGUGUAGAUCUUCAUAUCGGAGCUACAUUGAGAUUGUCCAGCUGUUGCAGGGAUUAAUAUUAGUUGAGGGUGAGGAAGAGGGCCUCUGAUGUCGUUUUCUCGGCACAUAUUUGUAUGAUGAACGUCUUCUGGUUUAUCUACGAUAGUAGCAAAAUGCGGAAGCAAUAGGCAAUACGUGAUCUUUACCGAUCAAUUUGGGGUUUCCAUAUGGUCAAUGCUAGCAAUUCUUUAGAGUUGGUCAGUGUUGUUGGGAUUGAUGAAGUUGUCUGUUCUAAGAUGACUUGUAUGCGGUCUGUACGGAUCACAUACACUCCUGUGUGGUACGCUUAUAUAAAAGGAUGUUGCUGCACGCGUAGAUCGGGUAGAAAUCCCUGUACAUCAGUUAAUUGUGGGGUUAUAUAUGCAGCAUUCGAGAGAAUUAAGGUGAGUUAGGGGGGCUAUUUUAUAGCUGUUUGAGCUUUGGGCGAGAUCUUUUAAAUGAAGCACUCUAUCAAGUAAACGUGAUAGUGAGAUGGAUGGAUAUGAUCAACUAAACCCCUGAUACUUAAGACUUAUUAAAUACUUUAUAUUUGUUUCUGGUAUCAGAACUUAAUCAAA